AUGAAAUUAUGUUGUUUUAUGUACAUUUAGGGUUCGAAUCGGAAACCUGUGACUGAAAUUCAAAGUUGGAUCGGUAGGACUCCCAAGCAACAUUUUAGUUACGACGUGACGAUAGACGAUGCGUAUACCUUCAACUGGGCGUUCCAAAAGGUUACGAUAGGUGAUAACAUAACCUCGGAAGGUGUGGCAAAUGAUGUGGCCAAAAUUUAUGACAUCACAGUGCUGAACACGGUCUCUGGAGGUGCUUCUGAGUGCCAACCGUGUCCGCAAGGAACUGAAUCGCAAGGGGUCUUGUAUCGCUGCAUUCCCUGUCCUGCCGGCCAUUACUUGAAAGAUUCAGAGAACCUGGAAUGCUUUCCUUGCCCCUACAACACGUAUUUGUGGAAAGCAUUGCCUCAAGGACCAGAAUCUUGCAAAUCUUGUGGUCCGGGCCUGAGGAGUGAAGAUGGACAAAGAUGCUACAGCGACUGCAGAGUCUAUUUAUUUGACGGAACUUUCUUCGAUUUGACCACUUUGCCCAUGUACACGGAGGUGAGAGGCAGUACCCUCUUCACAGCUAGUGGUACUCAGUAUUUCCACGUAUUCAAUAUUUCUCUCUGUGGCCAGAGUGGAAAACCAGUCGCAGUCUGCAAGAACAAUGUCACUUACCAUUCGCUGGAUCCCCAGACGGAGGAAAUGGUUAACAGCUUUGUGUGUCGCGCCACAAUCGUACCGUCACAAAAUGGAGCUGGAAGUGUGCCACUUCUCACGCAGUCUGUCAGCCUGGGAGACACUUUGAUUGGUAUCACAACCAAACACAAGCUUGGACACUUGGAAGUGGCGGAGGAAUUUGUUCAGAGUGCUGAAGGACAGUCUGACAUACAUUUCUUUUAUACAUCAUCAGAAAAAACCCAAGCUUGCAGUGAAGGGCGCAGUACGACCAUCACUCUGCGAUGCGACAGUAAUUUGGAAGGCAAUGGUAUCAUAUCUCCCCCUUCUUCAUGCUCCGAUGGUACCUGCGAUGGCUGCAAUUUCCAUUUCCUGUGGAAGACUCGACUCGCCUGUCGAGUUUGCACCGAAAGUGAUUAUCAGAUUGUACGUGGCGAAUGCAUUCAUGGCCAGCAGACUGUCCAUUACAUCUCGCCUCAGGGCUGCAUCCUACCUGAUGGAUCCGCUGAGGGGGCGUUCAGACGCACCAUACCAUGCACAGUAAUACCAAAAGAGUUGCAACUUCUGAUCGGAGCAGGAGUGGGAUUUGGUAUCCUUCUCCUUGUCUUAGUUUUCUAUUUCUGGAAGAAAAACAGGAAGUUGGAGUUCAAGUAUAUGAAGCUGGUCCAGUCGAGUUCGUCGAAGGACUGUGAAUUACCGGCUGCCGAGAGCUGUGCCAUCGACGACGACGAGGAGGAGCACUUCGACAGCGUCGCUUUUAGCGACAAGAAGAAAGGAAUCUUGGGGAAGUUCCGCACAAUUAGAGUCGGCAAUCAUAAGGUUUAUAAGUGGGAAUCGGAAUCGGAAGCUCUGGAGGGCUCGUGGACGCCGGCCAACUGAAGAGGGCCUUUGAAGAAAGGGGUGUGUCAUUCGCAAUGCCGUCCGUCCACAUCCGAGGAGAAGCAGUACAGGACUGUAUACCUGGAAGAAGAACAGGCAGAGAAUGAAACAUAAAUUACUAGCUGUCCAAAAUUGGGAAUUCACGUAUUUUUGCAGAAACACACUUAUUUUUUUGAAUCUGGAUAUAUAAAUUCGAACUCUUACUUCCAAAGCCAAUGUGAAGAAAUUAGAAAUCGCAAUUAACCAACUUAAAACGUAUUUAUAUCGAAUGCACUGUUUUAUUUAUCUUCGACAUUCUACUAUUACUAUCAGCACACAAAAUUCCUGAAUGUUAUAUAUGUCAGCUACAAUUUUCAUCUUAUGUGUAGUGGCAACACUAAUGAACUGCUAUUUUUAGGUGUAGGAUUUAUUUUUUAGUCUUAGAAUACCGUGUAUCAUCGUCUGCGAUGUUUGUUUUAAUUGUUUAAAUCAUUCGAUAUGCAGUAACUUUUGGAAAAGAACAAGAAAAAUACAUUACAAGUACGUAUGAGCAGUUUUGCUAGAGCGCCUUCAUUCAUUUAAACAUAGAUCUCAUUGUAAUUGUGGUUUUAAGUGCAUUUAGAAAAGUGUUAUCUAAUUUGUCUUAAUCUGUUAUUAUCGUUUGAGAAAUAGUUUGCAUUUUUCAGUUCCUUUGAGUGUUAAGACAGCUGUAUUGUAAAUAUUCUUUUGCUGAAAUGAUGAAAAAUGAUCAAUUUGUUUGAAAGAUUUAAUGAUGUCAUUAUUCUCUCGCAAAAUUAUACAGGAAAUGUUUUAAGAAUUAUUUUACGAAUCAUGAAUUUUUAUUGAAAAAAUUAUUUCUUUUGACAGUUCCUCUUUGAUUCCAGUAUUCUGCUGUAAAAUUAUGUGCAUUUAUUGUAAUAUUUUAUCAAAAACAAAAUAUCUAGUUAUCUUAAUAAAUUCUUUCAUUUUAAGAACUAUCAUUUACAUCUUAGAAUUAUGUUUCAUAAGUUCAGAAAUUUUUAGAGAGCAUAAUUUUGCACAGAAAACUGAAAUAUUAAUUUAAACUCAAAUUGUGACAUGUGCUGUAGAAGACUUUUCAACGAAGCGCAAUUUUAUUAAUAAUUUGCAUUUUCUUCAAUAUAAAUCAUAAAUUAGGAAUAUAUUUUCAUGUUUACCUUUUUUUUUUUUUUUUUUUUUUUUUUUUUUUUUUGAAAGUGCAAAGUAUGGAUGCUCUUUGAUUUUAAAUUAGUAUACUCAGAAUUAAACAUUAAGAGGUAAUAUUUAACAAAGGUAGUCACAUAUAAAAAUUUAUUGAUUAUGUUUGUAAUCACAUAAGCUUUAUUUUUAAUCUUUUCUAGCUAUCCAAUUAUAUUUAAAAAAAAUUUCAUGCUUAUCUUCAAAUUCUAAGUUUUAAGAAAAGCAGCAGAAAACUUUAAAAGGAAAUUCCUAAAUAAUCAAAAUUUCAGAUUUAAUUUUGUUACAUAUAAGAAUGACUAUUUUUGUUUCAGUGUCUAGGUAUGAAAUCUAGGUAUGAAAACACCUUACCCUUUAACCUUAGCAAAUCUUACUAUCACACUUGUUGAAACGCGUGAAGUGUAAUUUAAAUUUUUGCUUGUAUAUACUGAAAUUAUAGCUUGUAAUGAUGUACAUAUUUAAAAGGAUGUUGAGAGGAUUCAGUGCUUUAUAUCGUAUAAUUUUAAAUAUUUUAUAAUUUUCUUUUAUUUUUUCAUGAUAGUUUUAAUGAUUGAAUUUUGAGCGAGGAAGAACUGAACUUUGUGUGAAAUUUUAAAGUACAUAAAAAUAAUUUAAAUAGAAUUUUUAAGGAGCUUUUAGAAUCUUUAUCUAAACACUUCUUUAAAUUCUAUUCGAUAUCUUUUAUUACGGUUUUAUAUUAGGAGUACAACACGAUAUGUAAUAUUUUAAUUAACUUAAUAUUAUAUGAAAUAUUUUUUGAAUAAAUUAAAACUUUAAUUUUUAAAAAAUGAAAAAUAAAAACGAAUUCUGAAACAGAAUUUAAUUCUCAGCUUUCUAAAAUCAUAAAUACACCUCAACUUUAUAAACAGUGUAUUGCCAGAUGAUAAACGCUUGAAGUAUAUGAAUAAUUAAGAGCAGUUUUCGUUUACUCUUUUACGCAAAUACGACUUUUUUCACUCUGAAUCGAGAUACUUAAAGAUGUGUUCAUGUGUCAAAAACUAUUUCUUACUGUUUCUACUUAUAACAGAUGCUUUUCUUUUUUAUGACACUGACAUUUGGCUUCUAAUUGAAAUACUAUAAAAAAAUAAAUUAUUAUGCUGGAAGUAAAAAUUUUAUUUCGAAUUGCACUAUAAAAUCAAGACAAAAAGAGCUUAAAUUACUAAGAAAAUUGACGAUAUACGAAUACUGAAACAAAAAGUGCAGAAAAGCCCUUAUCAUGCAAUUAAACGAGUAUUGCCAUCCUUGAAGAGAUGCGACCAUAAUCAGAAGUAUGCAUGUGCAAUCUAGACUAGACUAAUAGAAUCAACAACUAAGGUGGGUGGAUGGGUGAUCCGCAAGGUGAAAUUUUUUUUUUUUUUUUUUUUUUUUUUUAAAUCUUUAACUCGUCUUUUGGCUUAAUCAAAGAAAUACAAGUUGCUCAUUAAAUAUGUAAAGCAUUGCCAAAAGCAAUAUCGCCACACCCCCUUACGAAAGCGACAAGUAAAAGAGUAUUUUUAAAUCUCCUCCAAUAAUCAUAUAUUUUCUCAAUACAAUAAAGGACCAAGCUAUUUUUUUAGCGUACUAACAAGAGACUUCUUACAGUACAAUUAUUGCAUGUGCUCUAAAAGAUUCACGAAGAAAUAGCAAUUUUAUAAAUAAUUUUCUUUUUUGAAGAUGGUCAUCAACACAUGUUAGGAAAAUUUUUAUGAUUGCCUCAUUUUUGCAACUCCAAAUUAUGGAUGCUCCUUUAUUUUAAGCUAGAAACCCCAUCAGUUGUUCUACAUGGAUAUUGAAGUAUAUUAUGGUUACUAUAAUUAAGGUAAACCAUAAGCUAACGUAAGACUAAAAAAGCUUGCUUUUUUCAUUAAAAGGUUGUAACCCAACAUUUUUCGUAACAGGAAGAAGAAAAACACGUGAAUGUCUUUUGCGAGGAACAGGACUGUAUGAAAAUGUUGAUUGUUUCUAUAGUUGCCUUGUGAGAAGGAAAUGAGGUCACAAGAUAGGGCUGCCUGUUAACGAUAUUACUGAGCUGCGUGAUAAGGGCUUAACGGUAACCUUGGCGGCUUGCGUUUAAUUAAAAUCAUAAAGGGUUUAAUUUGCAACAUUUUCGCUUCUGUUAUUUUCACACAAAUGUAAUAUGUUUUCCUCGCUGUGCAUUGUAUAGUUGUAUAAAUAGUACACUGCGGGUGAGUGACUGUCUAGUCAGUAAAAGUAUUUUUUUAUUUUCAUUUUUUGGUUUUCUAAACUGACCUGUGAGAGGAACUGCUUCUUCCAGAGCCAUAUAUUUUGAAAUUAUCAAGAUAACUGUCGAACUGUUAUUAAUGAAAUAUUCUAUUGAAUCCAUUUUGUUGUGCUUUGUAUAGUUUGAUUUUGCAUUCCAUAAUAAAAAAAAAAAAUAUCUGUA